UGACAUAUAAAAGGCAUUCGAUUGGAAAACAUUAUUCACUUCAAAAAGUUGCAAUAUGAAAUUCUUCACUGCUUUAUUUGUGACCCUUGUGGCAAUACAUGCCAGUACUCAAUCUCCUGUCCAAGAUAAGGACAUCGGACAAAUCGUCGUCGAAAUCCUCAACAAAGUCCUCCCUGAAACCAAAAUCAUUUUGGACCAUGCCAACACCUGGGCAGACCAACUGGACUCCAAUAAGGACCACAACGAAAAAAUCAUUGUAGAUGGUUUGACCAAAGUUGCAACCAAAAUCACCGGAAUAAUCGCAACCCUAAUCGGAAAGUUGAAGGAAGACGCCAGCGAUAGCGGCAAAGUAAUCAUAGAUUGUAUCCAAACUGAAAAACCCCAAGUCGAUACCCUUAUUGGUGCAGCCUUGAAACAAAUUGCCGAUUGUGAAUUCAAAAACUACGAAGACUUGUCCGCUUUGAUUACAACCGUUCUGAAACAACUCCUUGAACUUCAAGCCAACUUCGAAACUUUGACUUUGAAUUUGAGCGAGUGUGGUAGCGGAGACAGUUUUUGCCUAACCAUUUUCUUGGGAGGAAUUGUGGAACAAUUCGAAGAUAAUAUUAUACCCAAUGCCAAAGUCGAUCUUGGUCAACUGAAAGAUUUAAUCUCUGGCGUUGUGGACAGCACAAUGCAGUGUCACAUCAAAGAAGUUAUUCAGAAAGAUAUUACAGACGUUAUUGAUAAUCUUACAACAUGUUUUUACAAUCGAUAAUAAUUUAAACUGAAUAAAUAUUUGGUGAUUGAUUGCGUUAUUUCAAUGAAAUCACCGAAACAAUAGCAAACUAAAACUGUACCAGGUUUGUGUUUUAUGAAUAAAUAAGUAUUUUAUAAGAGUCACAGGUUUAUAACUUACUGUCACGGCUUUGGGGUGCGUGACAGAAAUCAUAGGUCCAAUUAUUUCAAAAUCAAUGUCCA